AUGUCUCGUCUUUCGCGUCACUUACUGAAUUUCACCCUUCUUCUUAUUGCCGUCUCCGGGCAAUUCAACCUGACUGAUUUCAUCGAAGCUAUUAGACUAGAAAAGGACCCUCAGAAGAUCGUCUUCAUCGUCUAUCGCACGGUGCUCAAUAUAGUCUUGUAUAUCCUGAUCAACGGUAUUCGCAAUAUCCGAGGCCUUGGAUCGCCGGUAAAGGGAGUUUUUAUUGCCGUUCUUUGGCUUACAUCCGGAUAUCCUUGCGACUUUCGCGAUAACCUCUACGAAGUUUACCAUUCGGGGCCGUCGGAUGGCAUCACCGGUCGCCUUUGGCAUCUCAUCUCAGCACCAGAGCAUGUGAUAUCUUACAUUGUGGUUGGAUUCAGCGUCUUCCGCCUCAUAUCGCAAUGGGGUGUGUUUCUUUACUUCUUCAAAACGCACGAGAGUCCUGACGUCAUGAAGCCGAAGAAAAGGAACUGUACUACAAUAAUCGCGACCACUGAUACCGACCGACAAAGAGUCGAAGAAUGCUUGACAUCCUGCUUGUUGAACAAAGUACGAGAGGCCAUCGUUGUGACGACCAAUAGUGAGUUUGCAGAGACAGAGGAUAUGGUGAACAGGUUCCGGAAGUGUUUCCCAGAGACCACAAUCUACUUGCUGGACACAGAAGAGACUCGCAAAUGCGACAUGAUUAGCGAGGCCAUCAAGAUGGUUGAAACGGAUAUCGUUGUGCUCGUUGAUCCCAAUGUCUUUUGGCCUCGUCGUUUCUUGGAUCGCCUGUUGGUCUCUUUCAAUAACAUCAUUGGAUUUGCAAUGAUUUACCAACCCGUUCAUCGAUUCAGGAUGUCCCUUAGAGUAAGCUCUCGUGGUGAAAACACCCAGCAAGAACCGAGAAUGGGGCUGUCUUUGGGGCAAUAUGCCGCUCGGGCUAUAGCUUGUCCGAAGUCACUUCUCCAACAACCCGAGUUCAGCGGAUCUUUCAAACAAGCACAGCCGACAGAUUCUGCGUUCUACGACGAAGAGUGUGCCGCGCGCUUCCUAGAAAGAUGGGCAUUGGAGAAUGGAUACCGCACGGCGAAGAGCUAUGUUGGUCAUGACGCAUUCGAACCACCCCUUCGUACAACCCCCGAGUCCGCUGUCUUUGCACACCGUUUAUUCUACUACGUCAAGUGCGCACGACAAGCCGCGAGAAUGAGGUUCAGAAAUAUAUUGAACAUCGCCAUUGAAUGGGGGAAUCUGACCUCUGUAGCCCGCAGUAGCCAUGCAUUGGCAUUCUUGAUUCUGGCCUUUUGUCUUGACGCUGCGCUCACAAUGAUAAUUUGGCAGUCCACGCAAAAGAAGCGAGAGGCUCAAAAUACUCGGGGGCGUGCCCACUGA